GGGGGGAGGAGGGAGGCGCGCGGCGCCGCACGGCCGACGUGGGGCUCGCGCUCUCGCGGUCUCUCCUGGGCGGGCGCGCAGGCACGCGCACUCGCGAGUGCGCGCGCGGACGGCCGGGCGGCGGCGGCGGCUCCCGGAGGUGGUGGCUUCACUUUCCAGGACUCAGGGGCAGCCACAGCGACAGCCGCGGGCAGCAGCCUCAGGAGCCGGAGCUGGAACGGCCGGGGGCGGCGGCAGCGGCGGCGCUGAGGGAUCUAAAAUGUCCACUGAGGCACAAAGAGUUGAUGACAGUCCAAGCACUAGUGGAGGAAGUUCCGAUGGAGAUCAACGUGAAAGUGUUCAGCAAGAACCAGAAAGAGAACAAGUUCAGCCCAAGAAAAAGGAGGGAAAAAUAUCCAGCAAAACCGCUGCUAAAUUGUCAACUAGUGCUAAAAGAAUUCAGAAAGAGCUUGCUGAAAUUACCUUGGACCCUCCUCCCAACUGUAGUGCUGGACCCAAAGGAGACAACAUUUAUGAAUGGAGGUCAACUAUAUUGGGACCCCCAGGAUCUGUCUAUGAAGGAGGAGUGUUCUUUCUUGACAUUACCUUUUCACCAGACUAUCCGUUUAAACCCCCUAAGGUUACCUUCCGAACAAGAAUCUAUCACUGUAAUAUUAACAGCCAAGGUGUGAUCUGUCUGGACAUCUUAAAGGACAACUGGAGUCCGGCUUUAACUAUUUCUAAAGUUCUCCUCUCCAUCUGCUCACUUCUUACAGAUUGCAACCCUGGUGAUUUCGAAGCCUGGCCUGCUUUGCCUCCAAGUCAUCUGAAAUAAGCCUGAAUAAGCCUGUAUAUGACAGCCUGUUCUCUCUACAGAUAUUCCUGCUUAAAGGAAUAGAUGCAUUCCACCAAAGCCUUCUCUCAGCAAUCAAAAAGACUUCUGUUCAGUGAACUAGUUUUUUUUUUUUUUUUUUGCUGCGUUUCAGAAAAUUACAAAUGCAUUCUGCAAAAACUUAAAAAUCACUCCUAACUAAAGCAGAAUCACAUAAGUAAAAGAAAUAGAUUUUGAAAAUAAUGCUAUUGUUAGUAAGAACAAGCCUAAAAAUAAUGUUCCAUAAAACCAGAGACAGCCUGCCUCAUAUGAGACUAGAAGAGAAUUUGUAAAAUACGUGCUAACAUUUAGUUUAGCACACUUCAACACACAAAAAAAGUUUCCUAAUUGGUACCUCGUUUUUGUGAAUGUUGACACUUCUAGAAUCUUAAAUAGAGUUGUUUAUUUUAAAGUAGUCAAAUGUCCAUUCUUUUGCUUAAUGGACUUAUUUCACAGUUAUCUGGUACACUUUCAAUCUCUGUAGGUUUUUUUACCUACAGAAGUAGGAAAGAUUAGGUUAGACUGAAGUUUAUCUUAAAUCUAUCUUCAAAUUAUCACAAAAACAAGUUUGAUAAAAUAGGAAUAAAUAAGAUUUUCCUACAGUGAAUCUGUGGAGCUAUUUUAACCCGGAAAUGCUGUCAGCUCAAAAGUAGGCCUUGUAUGAUACAAAUUUAACUCACUUAAAAAAUACUUUCUCACUCUUAUCCAUACAUAAACUUAUUUUUUAAAUCUUUUUCAUCCUUUUUUUGUAAUUCACACUUGUCUCUUUAAAGAAUUUUUGGUCCAUUCCAACACAAAUGUUCUUUAGGGUAUGACUACCCAUCCUUAUCGGCAUGAUAUUUGUAGACAGCAGAUGUAGAUUUGAAAACCAGCUUAAUUGUUUAUUAGUCAUAUCACAUUGGAUGGGUCACUUAACUUUCCACAGGCUUACUUUUUGACAUAAAAUUGGGAUUAGUACCAGCCCUGCCUACAUCACUGGAUUCCUCUGAGGUUAAAAUGAGAUGGUAUAUGUGAAAGCCAUUUGUAAAUGGUAAUGUGUUGUUGAUAUUGUUUCCCAGAGUAUUUGGGACACCAAAUGGGCCCACAAUAGAUGACCAAUAAACACCUACUCAGUUGAAUUUAAUUGCGGAGAUAGUAUCGAAUAGUAUCUAACACCGUCACCUCAACAUUGACACUUGGAUUUUACAAUCUGAAAAAAGCUGAACCUUGAUUUAGUAGGAUUAUCGCACAGGUGGCAAAUGUCCAAACACUAUCAGCCAGUUGAUGGGUGCACCAGCAAUAAUCAUUCUGUUUUCAAUGCAAUUGUCUAGGUAGAUCUAACUGCUGGUCUUAUUAGGCCACCACUUCAUGAUGGUGUUUAUUGAGCCUGAUAGAGCAUUCUUUUUUUUUUUUUUUUUUUUUUUAUUUUUGAGAUGGAGUCUCGCUCUGUCGCCCAGGCUGGAGUGCAAUGGCAUGAUCUCAGCUCACUGCAACCUCCCCUCCCGGGUUCAAGUGAUUCUCCUGCCUCAGCCUCCCGAGUAGCUGAGUCUACAGGCCCCACCACCAUGCCUGGCUAAUUUUUUGUAUUUUUAGUAGAGACAAGGUUUCACUGUGUUAGCCAGGAUGGUCUCAAUCUCCUGACCUCGUGAUCCACCCGCCUCAGCCUCCCAAAGUGCUGGGAUGACAGGCAUGAACCACCCGACCAGCCAAGCAUUCUUAUUUGUUAGACGUUACCUGGCUUUUUCUGAGUUUAGUCUUGCUCACUAAACAUUAUUUAAUUUGUGAAUUGCCAAAGUUGAGAAUACCAUUGGGGAAUCAAAUUUCUGUGCUUAUUUGUAAGUACUUUCUUCUCGAGUCAUUAUUUAACACAUAAAAUUUAAGUUCUAUUUGGUUUCAUCUUUUGAAGUUUGUUUUUGCUAUUUUGUGGGCUUUUUAAAAACUCUUAGAUGUUUGGUAAUAUUCUUUAUAUGAAAUCUGUUUCUUUAACAAUUAUUUAAAAUGUGCUUAUAUUAUGGUCUUCAGACCUAUUUAAAAAAUGGGUAUUUUACCUCAUACAAAAUUAAUCAUUCUGAGAACACUGACAAUUAGGACAUCAAUAGUUUUCCUUUACCUGAUGCUUGGUUUACAGAGUUAUGGCUAUAAAUAUUUCUAACCUUUUUUCCUUCUUGAAAAGUGCAUAAGUCUGUAUAUCAUCUAGCUUUAUUUUAUUAAUCUCAUUUCUAUUUGUCUGCUCUACUACUAUUACUCUCUGAAGUGUUUUUCAGCUUGUUUUGUUCUAAACUCAGUUAUGAUAUUCUAUCAUUUAAAAAUUUUCCCCAAAUAUAUAUGACUGUUAUGAAACAGUCAGAAAGUUGACAAUGAAACAUUUGAUAUUGAGAAAUUAUUGCCAGAAAUUUUUGAGCAUGAUAAUGGAAUUGUACCUGUCCUUACCUUUUAGACAUCUAUACUGGACUGUUUGCAAAUAAAAUUCUUUGAUUUAUGGAAUUUAGUUGAAAAUAAUCCAGAAAGAUUGUAGAUAGGGAGGAGUAUGGAAGAUAUCGAGAUUGACCAUUAUAACUGUUGAAUCUGAGUGAUGAGUGUACACAUGGGUGCUUAUUAUACUCUUCUAUGUUUGGAUAUGUUUGAAAUUCUUCGUAACAUUUUUUAGUUGGUAAAAAUCAGACAUACUAACAGUGUGACGUAAGUCCUCGUUUAAUGUCAUCAGUAGGUUCUUAGAAACUGCAACUUUAAGUGAAAUGAGGUAAUGUAGAAUGAAACCAAUUUUACCAUAGGCUAAUUGAUCUAAACAAGGGUUAAGUUCCUGUGGUAUACAGUACGUCGUUUUGCUUGAAGUUGCAGUUUCCAAGAACCUAUCAGCCACAUUAAGUGAGGACUUAAGGUAAUCUGUAAACGGUACGUGAUUUGGCUCUCUUUUGCUCUUGGAGGGAAUCAUCUGGGCUCUGACCCUGACUUGUAUGUUUGAUUCCCCUGUCAUCUGCCUUCAGACCAUAAGCUGCCUUGUGGUGCAGCCUGGACCAGCAGGGGCUUGCAUUCGUAAGCAACCGUGAAGUCUUUGUCUCUCUUCAAACAGGCAAAACUAUACAGGUCAUGUCAAAUGAAAAUGCUCUUCGCGUACCCACAAACAUCAACACUCAGGAUGGAUGAGCUGCUCCCUCUCCCCGCAUCACCUUUCAAAUAAAAAUCAAGUAUCAGUUACUCCAGUCUUAGAUGUGUGCAGAUCUGUAUUAGAACAACAAAUAGAGCUAAGAAUGGCCGCUAAUUAACCCUCAGCCUUGUACAGUGAUUAAGCUGAGGGUGAGCACAGCUGCAGCUUCAUUGGUAAAAGCAUUAUUCUUCUCAAAUGGACUGAGCAGAAGAAAAGAGGAAUUUGCUCCCAGUGGCUCUUUUACAGUGAUCUAUAAAAGCUUGGGAGAAUGUUUCAUUCUUCAUUCUCCAACAUCACAAUUUUUUGUUUCACGUCACUUAAGGCCCAUUUUUUAAGCAAUGAAUACAAUUCUUAUUCAUAAAUUGUCUCUGAUACCUUUGCUUUGAUUGUUAUUAAUUGCUUGUCUUUGGACUAGUUAUGAUUAGGUAGUAAACCGUGUUAGUAAAUAUUAAAAUUUUACAAUUGAUAGUGACUGCUGGUGGGUGGGAGCCAUUAAGUCAGAUUAAUUAUUUCAGCACAUUUAUAUUUGUGUAGAUUAUUUAUACCAAGUUUGGGAGCCGCUAGACUGAUGAAAGGUACAUGUAACACCUCAGUAGGAUUCUAGUGCUUACACAAUAAUGUGAACCUUGCUUCUGCAUGUCUCAUUCUACCAUAUGUGAGAACUGGAAAAGAACAAUUUCUUUAACUGAAAUUCAGGUAAAUCUGUAAAAUGGUAAGUCUACCUGUUUUCAAAGCAGACUGUUUUAACAGGACUACAAAAAAAAAAAGAAUUUUUUUCCUAGAACAAUAACUAUAGUUGGCUACCUAGAUACCAGAUGUCUUCUGAUGCCUAUGGCUUUUUUAAAGUGAAAAAUAUUAAGUAGAAAUACGUGGCACAACGUGUAGCUAACUUCAGACUGUUUUCUUGUGAAAAGUUGGCUUGUCUUCUGUAUUAUUACCUGCUAAGUUCUAAAAGCCACUCUAAUCAAUACUUCCAAAUAUGAAUGUAGAGAGACGCCAUGUUAUUGUCAUUUAACUUCUCUGGCACCUCAUACAAAGAAAAGGAAAGCUGUGGUUAUAGAGUUCAUACUUUGUUCCUGUUGUUUAAGUAAACAUUAAAUAAGUGCUAUUAACCAAUCUACCUGGUAUUUUUAAUAGCAAGAGAGUAAACAAAGUUCAAAACGUUUAUUAAAGCCUUUGGGUUCCAAUUCAGUGUUAUCUGUAGAAUCCUGGGACACCGCCCCCUUCCCUCCCCUAAGUUUCCCAUAGGCUUACUCAGAUGCAUUUGAAAAUAAUGCUAUUCAUAAUGUUGAGGUUCUAGAAAAAUUGAAGGCUUAUUAAGAUGGAUGAAUAGAAUCAGGGAAUAUACAUUCCCUGUUUUAUGAAUUAAAGAAGAUAUACAGAAGUGAUUGUGUACCAUCAUAAAUUUGGUUUAAAAAAAAACAGAAAAUAGCAAUUCUGAGAUGCUUGCCUUGACCCCUACAUAUUUGUAAAUGCAAAUUUUAAAUGAUAUUAAAAGGAUUAUUUCCCUAUUUUGUCAAUUCUGUAAAAAUAAACCAUUUCUUUAGUUGUCUUAUAGGAGAUACUGGUGUGUAAUAAUGCAAACAAAAAGAUCCAUUUGUUUGGUAACACUUUUAUCAAAGAAUGAUUUUCUAGGAAAUACCGAAUGAGAAAGGAAAGCCAAAAUUACCCCAUUGUAGGCGUAGAUCUUGGAUUCCGUAGUUGUGAAAUGAGUCAAAAGGAUUCAUCCUCUUUGACUCAAAGAGUUACCAAGAAAGGAUUGGUAGCUUCAGGUGAGGGAUGACUUCAUGACAAAGCAAGGAUUUCCUGUGUAGCCCAUGGUAUUUCUGCUUUGUGUGGGCAAGUCUUUAUUUAUAACCAACAAUUUGAUAUCCUCCUCAAACAUCCAAUUUGCCUUGGUGAAAAGGUGCAUUAACUGUUUAUUCUUUUUUGAUAGAUUCUUAUCUAGAAAUGCUGACCUGCUAAAACUUUGUUACUUUCGUAACUUAAAUAUACAUCCUUUGAUAGGUUUGAUUCUUUUAAAGAUGGUUAAAACUAGACUUUACCAUAUUUGCUGAUAUAUGGGAUACCUUAAAAAGUGCUUUUAAAGUUUAAAGUUUCACCCUUAUCUCUUAUCUAACAAAAAGGGUCUUUGGAGAAAUUACUUCCAUUUGGUAAAUAAGAAAAUACAGUGUUGUGUUUAUCAUCUUCAUGUAUCUUUUUCUUACUUCUGUUUCCUUACUUCUAACGCAGGGAAUAUAUCAACUUUACUUGAUCUAUAAAGUGCUACCAGCAUUUUUAAAGUAGGAAGGUAAAUCCCUUAGAGUGAUAAUCUGUGGUUCCUUUUCUGUUUCUUUUUGACUGUUACAGAGUUGUUCAUGCAUGCAUUUCAGGUUUCUGAUUGGUGUGUUCUGUUAUAGCAGGUACAGUAAAAUCUUACUAGUUCAGUAUAAUUGAGAAAAGAUCAGACUGAUUUUUUUAAUGAAUUCGAAAUUUUAACUAAGUGAAGACGUAAUAAUUUCAAGUACAUAUAGGAAAUAUUAGGUAAAAUGUGUGAACUAGAUGGGCUCUAGACUCUCCUUUACGAAGGUAAAAGGCUGAAGUGGGUUUUUCACACAUUCACAAAAAAUAGAGAAAAUGGUUAUUAUAAGUCCCAGUGUGUCCGUCACCCAGCUUCAGAACUCACCUAUGUUUAGUACGGUUUAGGAAUUAGGGUUUUUUUAUUAUUUAUUUAUUUAUUUUUAGAGAUGGGGUCUUGCCCUUUCUCCCAGUCUGGAGGGCAGUGGUGUCGUCAUAGCUCUCUGCAGCUUCGAACUCCUGCCCUCAAGCAACCCUCCUGCUUCAGCCUCCUGAGUAGCUAAAUAUUCUCAGAUAAUAUUGUUUUAAUACCAUUAAUUUUCAUGAAAACCAUUUUUAAACAAAACCUAGUAAAUGUCAGAAUAGGUUGCUGCAUCAGAAUUACUAUUAAGUUAGCAAUGGUCAACUGAAGGAUAUGUCACUGAAAGAUACAGUAUGUGCCCUGUGGAAGAUAAGCCACUGAGUAAAGUUUGAUGCCCUUUUUUGUUUGUUUGUUUUUGUUUUUGUUUUUGUUUUGAGACAGACUCUCACUCUGUCUCCCAGGCUGCAGUGCAGUGGUGCGAUCUCAGCUCACUGCAACUUCCACUUCCUGGGUUCAAGCAAUUCUCCUGCCUUAGCCUCCUGAGUAGCUGAGAUUACAGGCAUGCGCCACCAUGCCCAGCUAAUUUUUGUAUUUUUAGUAGAGACAGGGUUUCCCCAUGUUGAUCGGGCUGGUCUCAAACUCCUUACCUCGUGAUCCUCCUGCCUUGGCCUCCCAAAGUGCUGGGAUUACAGGCGUGAGCCACCGUGCCUGGCAGACUGACACCUUUUAAAAAAAAAUAGAGAGAGAGAUGAAACCUCAUUCUGUUGCCCAUGCUGGACUGUAGUGGCAUGAUCAGAACUCACUGCAACCCCCUACCCGAACUCCUGGGCUCAAGUGGUCUCAAGUGAUCCUCCUGCCUCAACCUCCCAAGUAGCUGGGACUACAGGCACGUGCCACCAUACCCAGCUAGUUUAAAUGUGAAAUCAGGCUUUUUAAAUGUGAAAUGAAGAGAAAUUAUUUUAAAACAUGAAAUUAAGAGAAAUUAUUUAAGCAGCAUGCUUAAACAAUACAUAUUUGAAAUUAAAAUAAUGCAUUGUUAGUGUUAUGGAAAUUCCAAUCUGAAACAGCAUAAUAAAACAACUCUAAUUCUUCAGAAAUUGACUUCUGUGGACAAAACAUCCAGAUGAUUGAAUAACAUUUUCUCUUUUUACUGUGAAUAUUUAAGAUUGUACAGUAUCUUGGGAGAUAUGUUGUAAUUAUGAAAAUUUGAAGAAUUAAUGUAACACUACCAAUGUCUGAGUCAGAUCGCAUAACAAAUGAGCAGUUGUCUUUAUUUUACUUAUUUUCUGACUCAGCUGUUCAAUCAGUAUCUAGCCUGGGCAAGGUGCUAUCAGUAACAACACUCACAGUGCCUCUUCCUCAGAAAAGAAAGCGCUUCCAAAAUGUCAGACUAAUUAUUCCCAUACAACUGUAAUAACUACUUUCUCUUUUUCUUCUCUUCAUAUUUGUUCUUUAAUAGAUCCUGGAGCUUAAUGUUUAUUAUGGCUGUUGAAUUUUUCAUGUCAUAUUGGUGAAUAAUUCACACAAUAAGCAGUACAAGAGUUUGCCUAAACUACUAGCAUAUUUCUUUCUGGAACAGGUCUGUUCCUGGAAAAAAAUUACAAAUCAGAAUAUUUUACAUGUAUUGGAAGAACUUUCUGCUUAAGAGUAUCCUACAGGGAAACCUGUUGCCACAUGAAGCUUUUAUAAAGUUGAAUUUUUGGAAAAUGCAAUGGUUCUUCCCCACCACUGCCCCAGUUCAGCACUGCCUUCCCUCUGAAAGCGUUUUCCCAAAUAAGACAUAUCGUUUGUGCUACUCAAGUGCCUAGGCCAACCAACAAAUGCCUGUCUGACUAUGUGCCUAUAGGCUGAUGUAGUUAGUACCUUUUGACGUGACUUUUUACACCACUGAGGUAAACCACCUUCCUUGCAUACAUUGUGACCAUAUGUGUACUCCAGUGACUUUCUUGUCCAGACUGGCUGGCUCCUGUGAUGGAAAAAAUGCUCAUACACAGUCUAAUUUAAAUACGUAAGGGAAACUAGGAAGAUUGCAGGCAUAGAGAAGAUGUCUUCAUAGUUUAUCUAGCUUUGGUUGCCAGCAUUAUAUUUUUAUAAGAAAAACUCUAGAAAAGAGUUCAGCAAACAAUGCAUGAAUAACCCCGCAUCAUGGGGCAAAGGCAUAUUAGAGUGCCAGCCACCCGUGGUCAUCGUAGCAGGGUACAUUUAUCUGAGGGAUGUGUAUUUUUUAAUCUUGGUAAUAGCCUACUAUGGAUGGUAUAUUUUAACUUCAGCGUUACUAAAAAUGGUUCUGUAUCUGCAGGUAAUGCAUCUUUUCUGUAGAUUCAUAAUCAAAAUAAUGUGGUUAGCUUAGAGUUGGGAUUAAUCAUAUAUGAGUUCAAAAAGUUAAUAGUCCAUGUCCAAUUUGGUAAAAGUUUGUAAGUGAAAAAUUAUUGUUUGGGGGAGGUUUUUGUUUGUUUGAUUUGCUGGAAAAAUGAUUUAAAGUUGCAGUAUUGUAACUAGGCAAAGAAGCCUUUGAUUUAGACACAUGUGGGAGUUGCAUUUGGGGAACUUAGGCCAUGUGUAUCUUCAUAGUAUUAAUGGUGGAGAGAGAGUGUUUUAAGGUGAAAAAGAAAGUUUUAGAUUCGUUCCUUGAUAAAACGUAUUUUCUGUAUUGGCUUUUUCUUUUUUUCAAAAUUGAUGUAUCUUUAUUAUUUUUUCUCAUACAAAUAAUACCUGCUUAUUAAUUUUUUAAAAUCAGUCGUCUUUUCAAGAUAAGUAUUUAAUUUUUAUUUGAGGCUCUUCGCUCUGGGAACUCAAAUUUGAUGGGACCCAGCAAAGUAUAUUUGUCAGUUAAGUUUGUCUGGUUAUAAUCUUGGUGUAAAUUUAGACACAUUGACCUCAACUUUUAGCCUUGGCUUUAACCUGCUUUUGCUUAGCAUUUCCCUAUGCAUAUUUUAUUGUAUCUUAAUUAAUAUAAAUGUAGACAUGGAUUAGCUGUUGAUACAAAUUUUCUUUUAUAAAGUCCAUUGCUCUCCCUGCAGUAAUAACCUCUAAUUGGUUGGUUUAGAAGUUGAUCUUGGCUGGGUGGCUCAUGCCUGUAAUCCCAGCACUUUUGGGAGGCCAAGGCAGGAAGAUCACUUGAAGCCAGGAGUUCAAGACUAGCCUAGGCAACAAAGUGAGACCCUGUCGCUACAAAACAUAACAAACACUUUUACCACUUCUAUUCAACAUAGUACCAGAAGUCCUAGCCAGAACAAUCAUUCAAGAGAAAGAAAUAAAGGGCAUCCACACAGGGAAAGAGGAAGUCAAAUUAUCUCUGUUUGCCAGUGAUAUGAUCGUAUACCUAGAAAACCCUAAAGACUCCUCCAGAAUACUCCUAGAUUUGAUAAAUGAAUUCAGUAAAGUCUCAGGUUACAAAAUCAGUGUACACAAAUCAGUAGCAUUGCUGUAUAUUAACAACAGCCAAGCUGAGAAUCAAAUCAUGAACUCAUUUCCUCUUACAAUAGCUGCAAAAGUAAAAUAAAAUACCUGGGAAUAUAGUUAACCAAGGAGGUGAAGGAUGUCUAUGAGGAAUACUACAAAACACUGCUGAAAAAAAAAUAAUAGAUGACAAACAAAUGGAAAUACAUUUCAUGUUCAUGGAUUGGAAGAGUCAAUAUUGUGAAAAUGACCGUACUGCCAAAGCGAUUUACAGAUUCAGUGCAAUUCCUAUCAAAACACCAAAAUCCUUUUUCACAGAAUUAGAGAAGACAAUCCUAAAAGUCAUAUGGAACAAAAAAAGAGCCCGAAUAUCCAAAGCAAUCCUAAGCAAAAAGAACAAAGCUAGAGGCAUUAUGUUACUUGAUUUCAAAUUAUACUACAAGUCUGUGGUAACCAACCGCAUGGUAUUGAUAUAAAAGUAGAUACAUAAACCAAUGGAACAGAAUAUUGAACCCAGAAAUAAAGCCAAAUACAGCCAACUGAUCUUCAGCAAGGCAAACAAAAACAUAAAGUGGGGAAAGGACACCCUAUUCAACAAAUGGUGCUGGGAUAAUUGGCAAGCCACAUGUAAAAGAAUGAAACUUGAUUCCUAUCUCUUACCAUAUACAAAAAUCAACUUAAGAUGGAUUAAAGACUUAAAUUGAAGACCAAACCGUAAAAAUUCUGGAAGAAAACCUAGGAAAAACUCUUUUGGGCAUUGGUCUAAGCAAAGAAUUUAUGACUAAGACCCCAAAAGCAAAUGCAGCAAAAACAAAAAUAAAUGAGACCCAAUUAAACUAAAAAACUUCUCCACAGUGAAAGAAAUAAUCAUCAGAGUAAACAGACAACCCACAGAAUGGGAAGAAAUAUUUGCAUACUAUGCAUCUGACAGAGGACUGAUAUCCAGAAUCUACAAGGAACUCAAAUCAGCAAGAAAAAAACAGUCCCAUCAAAAAGUGGACAAAUGACAUGAAUAGACAUUUCUCAAAAGAAGAUAUACAAAUGGCCAAGAAACACAUGUAAAACUGCUCAACGUUACUAAUAACCAGGGAAAUGCAAAUUCAAACUACAAUGAAAUUCACCUCAGCCCUGCCAGAAUAGCCAUUACUUAAAAGUUAAAAACAAUAGAUGUUGGUGUGGAUGUGGUGCGAAGGGAAAGCUUGUACACUGCUGGUGGGAAUGUAAAUUAGUACAACCUGUAUGGACUAUGGAGAUUUCUCAAAGAACUACAAGUAGAUCUACCAUCCAAUCCAGCAAUCCUACUACUGGGUAUCUACCCAAAGGAAAAUAAAUCAUUUAUAUCAAAAAGACACCUGCACAUAUAUGUUUAUCACAGCGCAAUUGACAAUCACAAAGAUAUGGAACCAAUCUAAGUGCCCAUCAACCGAUGAGUGGUUAAAGAAAAUGUGAUAUGUAUACACCAUGGAAUACUACUCAGCCAUAAAAAAAGAUGAAAUAACAUCUACAGCAACUUAGAUGGAGCUGGAAGCCUUUAUUGUAAGUGGAGUAACUCAGGAAUUGAAAACCAGAUACCUUAAGUUCUCACUUAUAAAGCUAAGCUGUGGGCACACAAAGGCAUACAAAGUGAUAUGGAUAAUUGGAGCCUCAGAAGAGGGGAGGUGGGGCAGUUGGUGAGGGAUAAAAAACUAUAUAUUGGGUAAAGUGUGCACUACUCAUGUGUAGGUAUACUAAAAUCUCAGACUUUACCACUAUACAAUUUAUCCAUGAAACCACUUAUAUCCCUAACACUAUUGAAAUAAAAUUAAACAUUUUUAAAAUUUUUUCAAAGAACUUGAAAAGCCUUCUGGUUGAAAAGCCACUGUAUCUUAUGAAAAUUCUCUUCAGUUUAUGUUUAGAAGACUUCGUUUUGGAGUUUCCUUAAAAAUUACCAGUGACCUAUUUUUGUUGUUGUUGUUCUUGUUGUUUAGAGAAACAAAUAUUUCGCUUAAACAAACAUCAUUCUUUACUCACAUGUCUUUUACUCAGAACUAUUUGCCCAAGAUAUGAUUCAGAGUUUCUUUGUUUCCCUUACCUGAGGAAUUUCUGAAGUCAAGAACAUGUAUAUAUAUAUAUA